AUGAAAACUUUAAUUUUCGCCGGCAUUUUACUUAUCGCCACUGUUUAGAGUAAACUAGAUCCAGUUAGUCCAUUCCCAGGCUUUUCAGCUGGAAUUGGAGCUCUGAAGACGAUUCCAUCUCUACCAAAAUGCCAUGCAUAAACAAAAGACUGGACACAUUUUGGUGGUCAUGGUAGAAAAGAAAUUCAACAUGCUCCCAAAGAUAGAGUUCAUUAACUUGGACAGCAGAUGCUAGGUUGA